GCAUGUUGCAGUUUUGGCAGCGUCGCGUGGGUUUGCAACCCAUUCAGGGCAAGGACCAUCUUCAAACCCUGCCCGCUCCCUAUCCUGCACUUCGUGUGCUCCCACAGGAGUCGUUGGCUGGUCGGGUAGUGGUCGGACACUGCAAAGUACUGGCGCGAUAUCAAAGCGUUUUGCAGAGGAACAACUUCCCGUAGUCAUCUCCGUCACCAAGAUGCUAGCCGGCCCACCGAAAACGCCGCUUCGGCGUCUGAAUCGCUCCAAUGAAGCGUCACCCGGAACCCCGCCAAGCGGGCUGCGGGGCGCCGAACGAGAGCGAGAUAGAGGCAGAAUAGCCGCUCAGCGACGGAAGUCGUUCGCCGAGGAUCGACUGCGAAGGAUGUCGGUGGUCAUGUCUCCUAUGCGCAAACCUACGCCACCCACCACACCGGGAAGACCACAGCUUUCAGAGUCUGAGCUGAAGAGCUCAUUCGAAGAGUGGAUGAAGAUUGCAGCUGAAAACAAAAUCAAUGCGAACAAUAGCUGGAAUUUGGCUCUUAUCGACUACUUCCAUGAUAUGACCCUGCUCCGAGAUGGCGACUCGAUUAAUUUUCAAAAGGCUUCAUGUACUCUCGACGGCUGUGUCAAGAUCUACACUUCCAGGGUGGACUCCGUGGAUUCAGAGACGAAAAAGUUGUUGAGUGGCCUGGUCGAGACCAACAUGAGAUCCGCUGAAGAUGAGGAGGAAGUCGAGGAGGGGACGGAGAACGCCAAGCCUGCACGGAAAAAGGCCAACAGGUCAACAAAUACGCUUGAGAACGACAUCAACAAUCUGAAUGUCAAGAAGCUCGAUCUGGAGUUUAUGGUGGAUCCCCUUUUCAAGAAGACGUCCGCAGAUUUCGAUGAAGGCGGCGCGCAUGGUCUUCUUCUGAAUCAUCUUAGCAUAUCACGCGACGGGAAGAUCAUAUUCGAUGCGAGUGAUGAGGGCACUGCCAUAAACGACGAACCGCAAUCGACGCAGGAAGACGCAGUGGAAGCUGAGGUUGAGAGGGAGCGUAUCGAUAUUAGCAAAUUGCAGGCCCGAUUUGCCGACACGUUCCAAACGAUAUGGCAGCAAGACAUAUGCCCAUCUCUCAAAACCUUCGAAUUCAACUCGUCGUCUACCAUCGGCUUGCCAACCUCGGACGAAUCUAGCGCGUUUGAUAUGUCUGCUCUGGAACGGGCGUUGGACGAAGACCCCGAUCUGAAUCCCGUCUAUAUGGACGAUGACGAUGACAGUGCGGGACGCUUCGGCAUGGAUGUGAAUGGGGAACAUAGUGUCAUGAUAGAUGGAUUCGGACCGGGCAACCCGCUUCUGGAGGAUGUUGCCAUAGGCAUGACGAUGGGCCAGGAUGAGAAUAUGUUCUCAUAUUUUGAUACGGCGAUGAUGAAAAAUUGGGCGGGACCUGAGCAUUGGAGAUUACGGCCGGUGCAGAAAGAUAAAGAUCCCAAGGAGCCAGGCACAGUCAAGCGGAAGCGGAAGGUCGAGGAGUCCAUCGAUUUCUUGACCGAGGAGGAUAUUGACUUGGACAUACUAUUUGCGCCGGCAACGGCGUCGAUCGACCUUCCCAAGGACCGUCACAGAGACGAACACCUCCUACCUGAUGAUAUGCACUUCUCGUCAAAGGAGUUGCUCAGGUUAUUCAUGAAGCCAAUGCAUAAGAUCAAAUUCUACAAGAAAGAUGGAUCAGGUGUUGCCGCACCUCAAAAAGAUGGCCCAGUUGACGCAGCAUUCUGGGCCGAGAACGAAAUGACGCAGGAGGACAACCAGACACCCGUCGACACAGGCUUCGCAGACCAUUCAGAUGGCGAAGACAACAACUCCGAUGAAGAAGACGACAUUGAAGACUUUUCUCAGGCUGUGACGCAAAACUCGGUCGAUUUUGGAGACCAGCUGGUGGGCGAGCCAAAGAAGACUAGGACGGUCGCCUUGAAUUACGCAAGAGUAGCGAAGAAGGUGGAUGUGAUCAAACUUAAAGAUAACAUCUGGAGAGAGCUCACAGUUAAGGGUAAUGGCCAGGAUCCACUGGAAGCGCCUGUACCCGAAACAGCCCAAGUCGAAGGCCGCCACACGUUCAAGAACGUCGUGUCCGGCCUCGACGAUGUUUACCCGGAAAAAAAACGCAAAGACAUCUCCGUUGCGUUUUGCUUCAUCUGCGUGCUGCAUCUCGCCAAUGAGAAGAAUCUGCGUAUCGAUGGGAAUGAUAAGUUGUCUGAUCUUACCAUCUUACAGAAUGCCUGAUCUGAAUGCGCGACGGCGGUUGCGCGAUGAUAAACGACUGUACGUGAGGAAAGGAUGGACGUGAAGAAGAUGGAAUGGCCCUAGCUGCCUUGAAGGUUUUUCAUAGCUGCUAUGUGGAAGUGGAAACCGGACAAUGUACGGCGUGCCAUAUGGAGAGGACAUAAUACGAGUUUUGUGUACGUAGAAGCAUGGCGGUGUAGCAU